AUGAGGUUCACUCCAGGAUUUCUGCUUCUCAUGCUGUUGGUCACCAAUCUUCCUACGGUCCAUGGUAUUCUGGAAAGCAUUUACACAAAUUUAAAGUGUCAGUGCAUGAAAAUAUCUCGAUCUUUUAUCCCCUCACAUGAGAUUAAACAGGUUCAAAUUUUCCCUCCUGGGAAUGGAUGCCCCAAAGAAGAAAUCAUAUUAGUGAAGAAAAAAGGAAAACCUGUAUGCUUGAACCCUCAAGUCAAAUGGAUACAAAGAAUACUGAAAUCACUCAGGAAGUAA